CUUACCCUCAGUUUAGUGAUUUCGUUCGCUGCGCUUGCGUCUCUUUUAGCUCGAUUGGAGAUUGGAGAGUGAUAUAAAUUAGGCUUUUUCGUAGUAAUCAUCUUAUUUUGAACUUGAUUUUUUGAAAUAAAAAAAAUUGCCUUUGAAACAAAAUUGUGAAGUGAGGAGAAAUACAAUAUAUUGGAGUUGAAGUGGAGUACAUAAAUUAUAUAUAUACACAGUCGUAUAUACAGUACCGUACAGUUUCUAUAAAAAACUAUCAAAAGAAUCAAUAUCGUAACUCACAAUAAGAAAAAUGGCAUAUGUUAAUUUAUUUGAACGUCGUAUAGCCAAGGAUGUUAAGCAACUUAUGGAGUCAAAUUAUGAUGUGACUUUAAUUAAUGGAUACUAUUUAUUUCAUGUGAAAUUUCAUGGUCCGAUGAACUCUCUAUACAAAAAAGGUACUUGGAGUGUUCAGGUUAUUGUACCAACCAGUUAUCCCCAUAGACCCCCGGACAUAACAUUCUUAAAUAAGAUUUAUCAUCCAAAUAUUGAUAUACUUUUUGGUGCAGUUUGUUUAAAUCUUAUAAACGAAGAUUGGAGUCCUAAAUUUACUUUGUUCAAUGUGUUUGAACAUUUUCUUCCCGGACUUUUAUAUCAACCUAACCCUAAAGAUCCACUUAAUUUGAUUGCGGCUAAUGCCCUCAGAAACAGUCCAAAGGAUUAUGCAGAAAAAGUAGCAGAUUAUGUGCGUUUUUUUGCCAUUGACGAUGAUGCCGAAGGUAUUGAUUCGGAAGAAAAAAAACUGAGUAGAAAAGAGUUAAGUGUAGCUUUGCUAGAAAAUGAUGAAUUUGAAUUCGAUUUUGUUGCUGGAGAUCCCUUGUAACAAAUCAAAGAUGAACAUUGCAUCUUCUAAUUUAAGAAUAACCGAUUCUUACAUUUAAUCUUGACUUUUUUAGCAACAAUAUUUUAUGCCAAUUUUAAAUAUAAUAAUACAUAUAAAUAUAUAUUCAAAUAUGUAGACAUAUAUAAGUAAUGUUUUUGAUAC